AUGUCCACAAACACGAAUCGAGUGGUUUCCAUCGUGGAACUGGCCGUCUAUAUUCCAGCACUGAUUCCGGCCGUCAUUGCGUGUAAGCGUCAUGAAUUUGGUCGUAGCUCAGGGUGGCAUUUUACCCUGACCCUUUGCCUGGUCCGUAUUGCUGGAAGCACAUGUCAGCUCAUACUGUACUCCAACAAUUCGGUCGGUCUCCUCAAAGCGACCUUGAUCCUCGAAUACAUUGGCCUGGCGCCCCUCCUGCUUGCGACGCUGGGAAUGCUCUCGCGUUUUGUUGUCUGGGUCAAUACCUCCUCGGCCGCUCCGAAAAUCUCGAUUCGGUACUUCCGACUCGUUCAACUCGCCGUGGUCAUCGGAGCAGUACUGGGAAUCAUCGGCGCCGGGAAAACCCAGGCACAGACCAACUCCCCCUCGAUCUGGUCCGAAGUCGCAGUAAUUUUCUACGUAGCCGCUGGUGCCGCAUUGGUACUGAUAUUCCUGCUGACAAUCCCCUACUUUGCAUCAGUCCCGGAGUCGGAGCGCCCUCUCGCGCCCGCCAUCGGGGUUGCGCUGCCGUUGGACCUGGUCCGGCUGACAUACCAAGUCCUCGUCGUAUUUGUGCAUCGAGGACCCUUUAGCCGAACGGCGCCGUCAGUCGGCGUCCGCGUGGGCAUGGCCCUGGUGGAGGAAUUUGUCGUGGUCGCAAUCUUUCUGCUGCUAGGAUUCAGGCUGGAUAGACUGGACAAGGGCCAACAGGGCCCAAUCUUGUCAAGGCUCUGGAAGGAUCCCCCGGGGGACAGGAGUCGGAGCAAUAGGAAACAGUGCCGGAGACGUCAUGGGGGAGGAGUCCAGUACGAACCGGCGUUUGACUUGGAGGAUGCUCACACACUGCAGGAUGCCGGACUUCGCUCCUAG